CAGCGCGUUGAGAAUCGUUGGGCCAUGACCGAUGGAAGACUCGUGUGCACGGGGCCAUCGUUGGUGGUGUUCUAGUCACCGCUGUCUGCCACCAAAAGCCACCGCCACAUCACUCCUCCCGCUCAUCCCUCCCGCUUCCUCCUCCUGGACGGGGUAGAGACGAAGCUCAAGUCUCAGCAGUCAGUCGUCUUCUCAGCUCUGAACGGAGCACACACUGAACGGAGCUCCUCUCCCGAUCCGAAUGUGCUGUGACUGUUGAGUCAUCUUUACAUAAACGACGGCACGAGAGUUGUGAAGUUGCAAAAUGGUGUCCACUACGUGGUCUGUUGUGGUUCUAGUUGCAAUUCUUCUCCAACUCACCUGGUCCUCUCCGGUGCCGGACGAAAAUCAUCCGUUAUUGCGCAACAAACGUCAGGUACGCAACGGCAUUCGGUGUAUGAACAAUGGCAAAUUCUAUCGUAAUCCCGAUCGAGAAAAGGCCAAGAUGUGGUCAACUGGUGAAUGCGCCAAAUAUUAUCUUUGCAUUGAAAACGAAGUCUUUGAAUUCAAGUGCUCGACAGGUUUGCUAUUCGAUAUCGUCCGGCAGAUUUGCGACUUUAAAGCGAAAGUAGACAACUGCGACAUUAACACAGAGGCUGCUCUACCCAAACCGCUUCUCAAUACUCCGGAGCCAAUCUGCCCGAUUAAUGAGCUCGCUUGUGCUGAUGGAACGUGCCUUAACAGCGACUUAUUUUGUGACGGGCAUGCCGACUGUGUGGACGGCAGUGACGAAGGAUGGUGCGAUGCGGAGAAUGAUCCAAAUGCAGCCGCUCGUUGCGACUACGCCAACUGUACAUUGCCCAACUGUUUCUGCAGUGUUGAUGGAACACUCAUUCCAGGCAAUCUCGAAGUUAAUCAGGUGCCACAGAUGAUUACCAUCACGUUUGACGAUGCCGUUAACGGCGAAAAUUGGGACUUGUACCUCAACAAACUUUUUAUUCCGGAACGUAAAAACCCCAAUGGAUGUCCUAUCCACGCAACGUUCUACAUCAGUCACGAGUACAAUAAUUAUCAGCAUGUCCAGAAGCUAUGGAAUGCCGGACACGAAAUUGCGGCCCAUUCCAUUACGCAUCGACAUCCAGAAAAUUGGUGGUCGACUAACGCGACGAUUGAGGACUGGUUCGAUGAAAUGGUGGGCCAAGCCAAUAUUAUUAACCGGUUUGCUGGAGUGCAUAUGGAGGACAUCCGCGGUAUUCGCGUUCCAUUUUUGCGAGUCGGCUGGAACCGCCAAUUUCUCAUGAUGAAAGAAUUCGGCUUCGUCUACGACGCCAGCAUGGCCGCACCUCUCAGCGAUCCGCCUUUGUGGCCUUAUACGCUGGACUACAAGAUGCCGCACACUUGCGUCGGCACCGGACAGCGAUGCCCUAGCCGCAGUUUUCCCGGCAUCUGGGAAAUGGUUCUUAACCAAUUGGAAGUCGAGGAGUACUCUUGCGCCAUGGUGGAUUCAUGUCCGUCUCACGGGUCCGAAGAUGAAGUUUACGAGAUGUUGAUGCACAAUUUCAGGCGACACUACAACUCGAAUCGCGCACCGUUCGGUCUCUACUUCCACACCAUUUGGUUUAAGAAGCGCAUUAACUUGCGUGCCUUCCAGCGAUUUCUCGAGGAUAUGGUACGCAUGCCAGAAGUUUGGAUCGUCAACAAUUGGGAAGCGAUCCAGUGGAUGCAAAAACCAACGCCCAUCAAUGCGUUGAGUCAAUUCGAUCCAUGGAAAUGUAAACCCCAGGUUCCACCCGAGGACAAAGCUUGCAACAUCGGCCGUGCCUGUAAACUGCAAUCACGCGCUCUGAGAGGUGAUCGUUAUCUUCACACUUGCACGGAAUGUCCUCAAGUGUAUCCAUGGAUCAAAAACGAAUUUGGUUUGGACAUUUAAAAAACAACGAGCAACUCCAUUGUCCAGCCAACUUCACUCCAUCUAAAUCAUGGCAAUAUUCUUUACCUUCCAUAGUCAUUUAAAAUAAGUAUUCAUGAACUCUAACAAGUAUUUGUUUGAAUGGGAACGGUGUAUGAUGGCUGACGUAUCACAAGUCAUCAAAUCUUCCGUUCUUUUUCCCCAAAAGUAUUUCAUCACAUCGCUCCUUUUAUGAAAUCGCCAGUAUUUAUUCGGACGGUGCUGGUUCGCCGAUCCAGUCCUAUGCAAAUUGUUUAUUUUCCUCCUCCGUUGACAGCGCGCUCCUUUCUCAUGGCACGUUUGAUACGUUCUGGCACUUACUUGUGCGUGAUCGUUGACGGAGCAAAUGACAUUUAACGAGAUGACAAUGAGACUUAAUUUAUUUCGACUUGACUUCAACCCAAAACUGCUUGACGAGACAUUGACGGCAAUUCUACUCUUUUAAAGGUUUUUCCUUCAAUGAGCUUUUAGUUGCCGUUUCUCUUAACUGACUGACUUACAUUUUUACCAGACGUUUCAUUUUUUUUUUUUUUUGUUCUAAUUCCCCCACUAUUCAAAAGGGAGAAUGGCUUCAAGCAUGAUUGGGUUUGCAGCUUCCUGUUAUUCAAGUGAUACCGAUGUUUUUGUUUCACUUUGUUCGAGCGAGAGACCGAUACUGCUGGUCUACUGAGACCGAAAGACUUUUGACGUGGACGAAUCGACGCUUUGACAGAUUCUUAGAACGACAGAUUAUUUUUUUUUUUUGCUCUCGACACAGACAACUUCUAACAACCGUUUUUCAAACAGCAAUUCAUUCUACCUUAUCCAACGGGUCACGAGGUAUUUUAUGUGUUUUACUAUUCUUAGCUGUGACGUUUCACUCUUUUUACUGGUACCUGACGAAAAAUACUCUCGCUGACCUUUAUUUUCAAUCAAAAUGACGACAAAAAAAACAAAAAAAAAAAACAAAAAAAUCUACGUGACUCUCGAAAGACUUGACGCCAUAAAGACUUGGAACUUUCUUGGACUUUCCUGACUACUCUAACUUGACUUUGACGAUACUCGAGACAGACUUGGUGAUGGAUAAACUGUGUGACUUUUGCUAGUUAUUCAUUUCUCGCUUUACGUUGACGAAAGACAACCACUACUAUGUUGAACUACGUUCGUGACUCAAGACAGACGACAUAACGAUUAAAAAAAAAAAAAAACGACAAAAAAAAAACGACAAAAUUACUUGAUGACCGGAUGACUAGCCAGUUGUAACGUCUCGACGAUGCGACUCCUUCGGAACAACUCCCACCGCUUGUCUGCUUCUUUUGUUUUAACCGACUGACUGCCCUUCUAAUGAACAAAAAAAAACUGUGAAACAAAUGAAAAACAGACGAAAUUUACUGUGACAUCUCGUACAGACUUACAGAAAAUACAAAAUACUCUUUACCCAA